AUGAGCUUCUGCGCUCUGCGGCGCCAUCUUAAAGGACGAGCGCGGCGGGCAACCGAAUGCGGUCACGAGGUGAACCUAGGAGAAACAUAUGACGAAUCAGCCGGUUCAUUUGUUGCUCUUUCGGGGUUCUUCAGUUUCUGGAAGUGUUACCUUUCGUUAGUGUCGCGUUUGACCAAUUACGCGAUGGUUGUGCGAGUCGCUUCGUUGUGUGAUUUGGUCUUCGUUGUUGUCACAGCGCUUCUUUGCUAG